ACGCGAUGGGGACGGUGUACAUAGUUUUAUAUGUUUUAAGUAUAGUGAACUUGAUAGAAUGCGGAUACCCACCGACGGGUGAUGAAGUGAUACCCGGCAGCGUUUUGUUGCCAGCCACAAGAAGAGGCCGGUACCUCGCCAACAUAGUCCGACGCCAAGCUGUGGAUGGCACUGGAAUCAAAUUCAACAAGGACGCUGAUCGGAUGAACGCCGAAGCGAAGAAGAAAGUGGACGUCCUAUCCGAGGAGCUUCUCCCGUACAUCAUAGCGGAGCAGGAACGAAGAACAACACUGCACAAACGCGUGAUGACCGCCAUACAGAAUGGGGAGAAGGGAGUCACUAUAGCUGAGAUGAGGAAUAAGCCGCCGCUUAUUAUUAGAAAAGGUCUAAUGUACCGCUGCCCAGCGAACCGCGCACCGAAAGAGCCCGACGGUUCUGGCGUGUUGCUCUGCGAGGAUGACAUCACGCCGACUCAGGUCAUGUACGAUGCCUGUCUCAGCGCUGAGGAUAAAGAGCUGUAUAAUGCUGAGAACAAAUACUUCUUCUGUAACCGUCACAAGAUAGAAGGGCCAGAUCUGCCCCGCAACGGCACCACAGUAUACGGCUGUGCGCCCAUAGAGCGGACUUCAUUCAACUAUACCACCACCAAAUGUUCGCUGGAGGACACUGAGGAUGUUGUUGUGCACUACCGGUAUUACCCAGAUCGGACGUACAAAUACGUAACGGAGUUGGAUCCGGACCGAGAGGUUUGCGACCACUGGAACCCCUGUCAGAUUGGCUACAUCUUCAGUCUACCGUCGCCUGACAUGGCUACCCCUGCCAGUGAACUUUGGCCUGAUGCUCCUGACACAUUUGAAGAUUACGAGAAAGACGAAAUCGUUCCACCAAUACCUGAGGACAGUAUAGACGAAUACGUACAUCCGAGCAUGCCUUCCUACACCAGCAGUCCCCGAACUAUCUCCAUACCCCACAGUGGAAGGCGCAACCCUAGUAUAAGCGUAGAGAAGAUCCAAGUCAAGAACGGCAAGGGUAAAUCGAGAAAGAUCAACCAAAACGACUACUCCGUGAAGAUCGGCCUGUCCAGCAUCACGAUAACGCUGUCCUUCGAGGAAUUCACUCCGAAGUUCUUCGGAACCUUCUACGCCAUCUGUAGUGUCAACAACAAACUCACUCCUAUAAGGUUUUUGGCUUUAAUACCAAGCAACAUAGAAGUAGCCGCUAAGACCAUCGACGCCCUCCACGGACAGAAACUCAACAGCUCUUUAAUACCCGUCAACUGCGAUAACUGUAGAGUGCAUGGCCUCAUGGUGCGAGCGAGAGACAACAACGUUUACAACAUACCUUCCUCUCGCUUUAGAGUCAAACUGUAAGU